AUGGGGGAGUGGGAGGGCGAGCUGGGGGACUGGAAGGAGGAUAUGGAGACGGCUACGUACCCCAACGAUCCAUCUACGAUACCAUGUGCAUCAAUCAGCAGAUUGACAGCCAUCACCAUCAACCAGGAGGGUCCACUAGGCGAGACCUUGGAGCCCCUGGAGUGUCCUCUUCCUCAUCCAAGAAACAUCACCAACACCCUCAUCACCAUGGAGACAGCUCACCUCUCUCCUCUGGUUACCAUACACCAGUGUUUUUCUCCCCUGCCAAACCUCGCCCCAGUCAGUCUCAGAGUUUGCGAUGUUCACCUCCCCACACCACCCAGCCGAGGCAUUAUUCCCAAACCCAGAGCCUCAGACUGUCACCACCCCCAGAGCUUAGACGAGUCCGACCAGGUUCCAGACACAACACCCCUGUUGCCUCCCCAGCCCUCCCCCAGUGCUGCCCCCAGAAUGGGAACGGCAGCUGUGGCGUUGGAGAAGAGGCGCCCUCAUGCCCACCUCCUCCCCCGUCUAGGCCACUUCUCAGAGAACCCGCUAUCCUGCUCACUCAAAGAGCCCUCCCAUCCGGAUUUAGGACUAGGGGCUAGUGGGGUUGGGAGGGCUUCCCUAAAGGAGCAGAAAUUGGAGCACUGGAGGGUCUGCAGAGAACAAGAGGAAUCCAUGAGAUCCAGGAGCAAGGAUAAACAAAGGGAGCAGAGCAAGGAGAAGACUGAGAUAGAAGAGAGGACAGGGAAGGAAGAGAAGCAAGACAGGGACAGCAGAGAAGAGAAAGUGAAAGAGGAAGAGAAAUUGGAUAAGGAAAAAGUUGUGGUUACUAUCACCUCGGAGCUCAGCCUGACAGAGUUGGAAAGGAGAGCCAGGGAGCUGGACUCUGACCUGGAGCACCUAGACCUGUCUAAGCCCCACAGGGACACCCAGAAUGUCUACCAAUCACUGCUGGAGCCACAGAGAGCUGACAUGUACCAAACACACCCUGGACCGCAGAGGGAGAAAGCUGUCGUCUCCACAGGAGUGGUGAGCAGAUCCCAGGUCAGUUUGGAGCUCAGUGCUAUGGCCUCACCUGUCACAGACACAGACAGACCUCAUGUGGACUGGUCAACCAAAUCUGCAGGAACUUCCACUGUUGGCACAAGCUCCACUAAGGAGGACAGCUCUCCAGACUCCAACCUAACGCUGGAGUCCGACUCCAGUGGCGUCUUCCUCUCCUUAUCCAACCAGAGCCAGGAGGAGGCGGGCUCUGACAGCGACCAGCCGAUCAGCGGCUCUGACCUGGGCAGCAGCAGCACGUCGCUGGAGAAAGACGGGGACGAGGGCGGCGGGUUGAAGGGGUGGGGGAGGGAGGAGAGGGCGGAGCUACAGUGGUGCUACCCGUCUCUUCUCGACACCUCCGCGCACGAGGACGUAGGAGGUGAUGGCGGGAGAGAGGAGGCAGUGCAUGGACAGACGGGGAGAGAUGGUGACAGAGGGAAAAAUGAGAGUGUAAGGAGGGUUGGUAAGAUAGGAACGGUUUCAAUCAUUAGGACCCAACUGGACCAGACAAACAUCGAGGGCUCCAGAACUUUAAAUACUCCACACAGUGAAGAGGCACCACCCAGGAAACAAGUGACCCUCAUGGGAAGCGACUUCCCUCUUCCCCUGUCUCCCUCAAAACAACCAAUCCAACACCUUCUAGAUCCCUAUCAGAAGCCAAUCAGAAGCUCCGGACUAGACUGCGGGGACUUAGAUCCCUUUGUCCAAUCGGACAGCUUUGUUUACCUUGCCGUGUCCACAAGGCCUGCCUCCUCCCAGGGUGAAGUCGCCUCACUGACAGAAGUCCCCAGCUAUGGUAUAAAACACGACAUUGCGCAGCACCAAUCAGAAAGCAUGAAAACACACCUCGACCAGUCAAAUACAGAAUGGACUGCCAAGCCGACUCAUCCUGCCCCACAAAAACCAGAGGAAGGAGACUUCCUGUGCACUGACAGCUUCGUCUACCUGGCCGCUCCAGCCUGCCUCCUACUGGGCCCUGCAGGAACCACACCCUACAGCGGCAGGUACGUGUAUUUUGUGUGUGUGUGUGUGUGUGUGUGUGUGUGUGUUCACUGUUGCUCUAGUGCAUUCCAUUGUUCGAUGUUCGGGGAGGCCCUGGAAAAGGUUCUGGAAAACAUUCAGACGUCAGACGUUCAUGUUUUGAACCGGGGAGGGGAGAACUGCCAUCUAGGACGGGGGGCACUGAGGUGUUAGAAGGAGCACUUUGAAUAGGCAUCAAGGGAGCCUAGGUUUGCAAUAUUUUGGGAGGACAUAAUUCAAUCUACCAAUAUUUAACCUUUUAAUCACCAAGCUAUUUUUAGGCCUCUGCUCCAAAAAUUGCAUACCCACAACCACGAGGGAUAUUUUAAUCAUUUUUAGAUUUUUACCUUACAUAUCAGUCUAUAUUUGACUGGUUAAGAGUAAAUAAAGAUGGCACAGGGCAAAAAUAUAUAAAUUUCAAGUCUGAAUUGAAAAAAAACACUUUCAUGAUGAUUAUCUAAUUGGAAUGAGGCAGUUAAAAGGUUUAAAACUCUCACAAAUCAUAGGACAAUAUGUGCACAUUCUCUCUGCAAAGUUUGACUCUCCAGUUUGAGGUCUCCAAAAUGGACAUUUUGGCACAUUAUGGAUUUGAC